AUGGAGGAGGUUAUUUUUGGCGGGAGUCACUCGCGCCACUCCGUCGCUGGAGGAUUUGCGAGUCCAGUGAUACAGGAAGUGCGGAUGGAAACACGCAGUCUUUGGCGGGAACUGGAGUCGGAGUCUUGGAGAAGAAGAAGAAGAGAUUACUGUGGCUGUGGAAGCGACUACCUGCGCUCCAAAGGAUACACUGUGAUCAUAGACCGCAGCUCGAUGGCGCCCGGAACGUCGUCCAUGUUGAGAGCGAGACGUCGAGAUGUCAACGUCAAACCCAACCGCGUGUUGGACCGCAAUUCGUCCAGGGGAAUGAUCUACGAGAACGAGGAACUGCGGUUGAGGACCAUCAACAUCAACGCGGAGGUGGAGAAAGGUCAACACGACAUUAAAAAGCUGCGGCGGGAGAACGACCAACUCCGCAGGGAGAUCUGGAAUCUGCGGGACGAGUAUGACAGACUGGAGGCGAUACUCAAAUCCAAGAACAUCUCCACCGAUACUGAGGAGGAGGAGUCAGAAGAUGAGGAUGAGGAUGAGGGUGAAGGUGGUGCCGAGGGCGAAGCCCCGACCGCGAUGGAGGUGACCGAGGACCACACCAAGGAUAACGACAAGCUGAGUGUGGUAGAGGAGGAGUCCGAGUGGUCCGAUGCUGCGGAGGACAAACCGAGGACAGUUAGCUUCAAAGAUGAUUCACUGAGAGUGCCCGGAAGACCACCAACCACUGGGGCGGAGCCCCCCGUCAUCUGGCCGGACUCUUCGUAUAUCCCUGGCCCCCAGAUCCCCGUGCCUGCUGUACCUCCGACCCCCGUCACACUCCUACCGACCAUGGGGUUCAGUCCUCUCCCUACAGGACACUCGGCAGUGCCAAUGCAGCAGACAGCCGCACCCACAAGUUACUUCCAUGGACUAGACUCGAACCUGCAAACCUUCCUGGACUCUGUCAACGUUGGUCGUGAACCUGUGGAACCGCAGCCGACAGUCGCACUCGCCACGCCACGCCGCCCCUCACUCAGUGAGCUCACUUGUCCAGGAUAUCUUGAUGCGCCAGUGUGUGUGUGUCCUACUUGCCGACAUUCAUACACGGUGUUGACUCCAGGCGGCUCGGAGGUGGUGACUACAGCAAUUCUCCAGAGGAGACAGUCCUUUGCUCAGAGUGGCGACCCUACCAAUGACACGUUUACAUGCACCACCUCCCAACACACCACUGGGGGACCCUCCGCCGUGUCGGGGGGCUUCACCUUCCCCCUGGCGGAGCCCCCGAACCAGGAGUACCCUGGGGGGCAGUGCGAGACCUACAGUGCGACCUCCCCCAGCUUCUUGAGACUCAACAGUGUCCAGCCCUUUACUCUGGUGUUCUCCGUUACCGACCCUCACCUCACUAAUUUGUCGGUGCAGGAGGUGAUAGACGCCAUGUCAGACCAGCUGUCAGCUCAGUUGAUGCACUCUCUGCGUGGUGUGCGACUGGUAGGAGGUAACUGUUACCUCAGCUUCUCGUCUCAGCAAGACGCUGACUCGGUGCUGAGGCUGCCGCUGACCCUGCGAGGACACUCGCUGACAGCUGAGGACGCUUCUGUAGGGGCGACUGUCGUAGCUCUCUCCGGAGUGCCUCACGACGUGCCUGAUGACAAUGUUGCCGAGGUACUCGCCCACUUCGGCUCCUUAGUAGGGCCAGUGGAACGGCGCCUGUACAAGGGUGUGGACACCGGGGAACGUCUGGUCAGACUGAGAGCGAGGCUGGCGAUCCCUCGAUGGAUCUGGCUGGAGGGGUGCAGAGUGAGUCUCAAGAUACUCAGGAGUGAAGAACUCUCAGGGUUGUCACUCGCCAGACGAAAGUCCUUCAGGUCCCACAUCAGCGUGCAGCUCAGACCGGUCUCCGAGGACACACCACCAGUACCUCCGCUACCUAGCAUCUCCACACAGAGCUCUCCACCCAUCCCGCCGUUACCUGCCUCCUCUAACUCUACCACUCCGUUCUUCACGACUCCUCCGAGAACUUCAUUUCCCAGCACCAAUCCGUUCAUGUGCGGAUCGGUCCCCUCGAUACCCGCGUAUCCCAACACGACCGAGAGUCAAACAUCGAGUUUCACCAACGCGAGUGCGUCGACUCCGAAUAUUUUUCACGAGUCGCCCUUCUUCUUCCCGACGACAACGCAAACAGACGAGUCUCCGGGUUUGAGGAGGAUCAACAGCGUGAUGGGGACUAUGUCACUAGGACGUGUUGCUCCGGAAAUAUCGCAUACUAGGAGUGCGAGUUCUCCUCCGACGACGACAGCAACUCAAGUGAAGUCAGACUCAGAUGCCACGGGUCAAACCAGUGUACCUCCCUCGCCAAACACAGCGAGAAAAGCGCAAAGACACAAAGCUACAAGGAAGAUCUCCAAAAUCAGCACUGACUCCCGCAAAACAAACGGAGAGUGUUCUCAAACCUCUUCCUCCGAUCAGGACUCACCGCAGAAAGGAAGGAGAAGACCUUCUUCGGUCUACUUUAAGCAAAAGUCUUCACCGAGCGUUUUGAACAGAACUACCUCCGUUGAUCAGACGGAUGUGACAGGGUACGACCCUACGACUUGCAGUGAGCGAGAGAGAAGCAACAGUGAUCUCAGCAGUAGGUUGAGUAUCUGCAAACGAAAGCUCAGUACUACUGGUAGAGAGAGUGGUAAGGUUCCGUGGUGCGGGUGCUGGGGGAACGGCUGCAUAUGACAAUAAAACUACCACAAAGUUGCAGGAACUGAUACAUGCAUAAUGUGCAAGGGACUUGAUAUUCUUUAAAAUUUAAAAGGAAAUUCUGUGGAAGGAUUUUAUUCUGAAAUAUAGUCUGCAAGUAAUAUAGUGUAUUAACAAUCAAAUGGCUAAACUACUUAUCAUUUAACACGAAAACAACUCUGUGAAGUGCAAAAAGUUUGCAAAAUUAACUCUUAAGAUUGUGGCAUGAACCAAAUUACAAAACACAAUUUAUCAUGAUCAGCUUUGUUCAAUAUACAGGACGUAUUUAUGUGUGUAAUGUGCUGUAGUAUGUAUAGAAUUGUAUUGUCCGGGCAUUGGAAGCAACGAUGUAAAGAACUACUUAGAAGGUAGUCCGAGACAGGAUAUAAUCAGUCAUAAUUUUUGUUAUGUAUUAGUUGUGUUUGGAUAUCACAAUUUUACAACGAUUAUGAUAACCAGGACGAGUUCGUUAGGCGAUAUGUUGAAUAAAGUUUUUAACUAUUUUUGCCAGUUUAAUUGUGGAUUACUAUGACAGUUUACAGAAAACAGAAAGUAUGUAUAGCUAUUGAAGUAUGUAUGGCUAUUGAGUCCAAAAGUGAACGGUUUUUUUCCUAAUGAAGUAUUUAUAAUUAAAAUCUUAUCCUUUCAUCUGUAAUUGUAGAAUUGCAUUUACCAGCACAAGUUGUUUUAAACAUUGAACUUAGACUAGAUUUUAUAUUUUGUUUAAGUGAUAAA